AUCCAUUCUCUCUCUUCCUCCCUCUACAACGUAGGAGUCCUCGAGGCCGAGCUAAAGGAGCUUGCUGCUGCAGCCUCGCUGCCCGCGGACCCUGACGAUUCCACCUCCACCGGCACCAACAACAGCACCUCACCGUGGGCACACGGGAGAACCAACAUCGAGGAUGUGGUCAACUUCGGACCGGUCUACCGCUGUCUCCACAUCUACGCUGUGUCCGGCGAGCGUGCAGAGUUUGAGCACUACUACUUCACGCAACGCAAGAAGCAGUGUCAACUCAUUCUCAGUCUUUCUCCGUCACAACAGGUAUGCCGCGGGAGGCAAUCACUUGAAUGCUCAUUGUGUGCGCUUCGUCUUUCGUGCUGCUAAUCCAACAUACAGUAGAUUGAAAUUCGUUGAUUACCAUUCAUUGAUCAAUAACGGAAAUCAUUCGACUCACUCUGACCUUGACCUAAUUCUCGAGCCCCGCCAGUAA